CACACACACUUUCCUCACCCAACUCAAAGAAGCAGCAAACCCUGGAGAUUUUUUUUGCCUUCAUUUAAACCACAAAAUUGCUAAUUAUUCUCUCAAGCAUCCAUCUUUUCCUUAAGACUUGCCGGCUGGAACUUAAUUUUCAGCCCCUCUCUAGGAAUUCUAUGUACUGAUCAAUAGCAAUUUCCAUCCACACAAGACAUACCUCAUGGAUUUGUACCUGGUUGGAUAUCUCAUGUGCAUGUGGUUGUCCAGCUCUCGGGUGCUUGGAGGCUAUCCCAUCUGGUGGUCCCUGGCCCUUGGGCAGCAGUACUCAUCCCUAGGCUCCCAACCCAUCCUGUGUGGCUCCAUACCUGGUUUGGUGCCAAAACAACUGCGCUUUUGCCGCAAUUACAUUGAGAUCAUGCCCAGUGUAGCAGAGGGUGUCAAAUUGGGAAUCCAGGAGUGUCAGCACCAGUUCCGAGGCCGCAGGUGGAACUGCACCACUAUCAAGGACAAUCUAGCAAUAUUUGGACCUGUACUUGAUAAAGCCACAAGAGAGUCUGCAUUUGUUCAUGCGAUUGCGUCAGCUGGAGUGGCGUUUGCAGUGACCCGUUCAUGUGCAGAGGGGACCUCCACAAUGUGCGGCUGUGACUCCCAUCAUAAAGGUCCGCCGGGAGAAGGAUGGAAGUGGGGUGGCUGCAGUGAAGAUGCAGAGUUUGGGGUUUUGGUGUCCCGAGAGUUUGCAGACGCUCGUGAGAACCGACCAGAUGCUCGGAGUGCCAUGAACAGACACAACAAUGAGGCAGGACGGAUGACCAUCCUAGAAAACAUGCACCUGCGCUGUAAGUGCCAUGGACUGUCAGGCAGCUGCGAAGUCAAGACCUGUUGGUGGGCUCAGCCUGACUUCAGGCUGUUGGGGGACUACCUGAAAGACAAGUACGACAGUGCUUCCGAGAUGAUGGUGGAGAAACACCGGGAGUCAAGAGGCUGGGUGGAAACCCUACGGGCCAAAUACGCCUUCUUCAAGCACCCCACAGAACGAGACCUGGUAUACUACGAGGGAUCGCCCAACUUCUGUGAGCCGAACCCAGAGACGGGCUCGUUUGGCACCCGUGACCGCAUCUGCAACGUGUCGUCGCACGGCAUCGAGGGCUGUGACUUGUUAUGCUGUGGCCGUGGCCAUAACACACGGACAGAAAAACGCAAGGAGAAAUGCCACUGCAUCUUCCACUGGUGUUGCUACGUCAGCUGCCAGGAGUGUGUGAGGGUCUACGAUGUGCACACAUGUAAAUAAGUGCGGGAAGAAAAGGACUGGUGGAUAUUAAAGGAUGGAAAGAGAGAGAAAGAGAGGGAGAGACUGAGAACACACACAAGAUAGUGGCACUUCUGUGGUAGAACCCUUUACUAAUGUGCCCUUUUUGAUCUACACGUCCCAAAAGAUGCCCAUUGUGAGCAUCAUGGUUACUACUGCCAUUCCUCUCACUCUUUUUUUGUGGCACGCAUUAUUUCUGCAAAAGAAAAAAAUUCCUUGUUAUCAUUCAGUCUCCUUUAUCUGUAACACCAUCUCUCUGAUCAUCUCGCACUACUGCCCAGGGGCCGAAACAGGAUAUGUUCAAAUACAACCAAUGACACUAGGCACGCAUUAAAGAACAAGAGGAGGGGGGAGAGGAUGACGAGAAACUCUCGGUUAACUACUGAACGCUGGGUCUCGAAAUAUGCCCUGCUAUACUACUGAAUCCAAUGCAAUGCCCAUGUUUUCCCUCAUGAUCUCCCGAGGUUUCCCAAUCCAAGGACAUAUUGUUCACUCCUACCAUAUUCCCUAUAAUCAUACAUGUUCAAAUCAUGGGACAUAUUGCUGUUUUCUACGUAAAAACUCUGGUAAUUUGCUUUAUACAGCAGUUUGGAGGGAUGCAAUUGAUAUAUUAGCGUAGAAUGCUGUGGGCGGUACAAACAGGAAAAGGCAUCAUGGGUAGCCUACCUUCUGAAUUUCAAAAGUUUUUUUUGUUUUUUUUUGCAGAACAUGUACAUGCAAAGCCAUGGGUAACUCUCCUGGAUGAGUGCAGGACAGCUGGUGAAAUGCAUGACAGCAGAAUGCAACGACACACACUGGGCUCACGUGCACCCGACCAGUAAAAUUUGCACUUACAAAACUACUAAUGAGUAUACUAAUUCUAGAGAUUACGAUGAUUAUUUUUUAACAUAAUCUUUUUGAUAAAGCUCCUCGUAUAUGACUGUGAAGGCUCCGUUUCAACACUUCCCUGAUGAGAAGUUUGCGUAGAGGAAGGAGAACAAGUGAGCAGGAGGAGGAUAGUUAAGGAAAGAAAUAGGACGGUAAUAAAGGAGGGAAGUGGCAACCCAAUUUCAU